AUGGAAGACAAGCGUGGAAGUGAAUGGGAAGAUCAAAGAGGAGACUACGAGAAUCCAGCUCACAUUCGUAUCACAAGUUUCAUAUCUGCAGGACUGGAUGAUCUAAUGGAGUCUAAAGGUGGGAAGAACAAGUCUAGUAGUAGUAAAUCUUUAUUUUACGAAGUUCCCCUCGGUUACAGCAUUGAAGACGUCCGACCUCACGGUGGAAUCAAGAAGUUCAGAUCUGCUGCUUACUCCAACUGCGUGCGGAAGCCAUCCUGA